GUUCCAUACUUUCGGAAGACUGAUUGAUGCUGCGUUACAGUCGAUCCUCCAUGAUCAUCGUCAUUACCAAUGAUGUUCUUCCCCCUCCUUCCGAAAGAGCUUCCUUCUUCUCUUACGAGUUCUUUUUUUUUCGUUUGAAACUCUAUUCUCUUCCCCUCAAAACUCUCUCCCUCUCUCCCUCUCUCCAUCUCUUCCAUCUCUCUUUCUCCUCCUCUUUCCCUGGUGAUACUUCUCGUCAAGUAAUGUCGUGUUCGGCUUCCCUACGACAGUCGUUAUCUUAUCAUGGCCACUGUUGAACGACCGACGUCUACCACUACCACUACGCUACCGCGUUCCCGCUCCGUGCGUCUGGCGGGUCAAGCUGCCACGGCUGCCCUGUAUGUGACCCAUCCGGAGCGCAGACUAUCGGUGCGUGAGCCUUCCACCGCUGAAACAGAACGCUUGACCUUGAAGGCGACCGGUUCUCGCCCUGGCUUUAGCCAUGCGUCAGCUGUCGCCGCCCUCGCCCAUGCCAGAAAGGAAGCUGCCGCGAUUCCGGUCGUUGAGCAUCAGCGAACCUCGGAUUCGCCUAGCCGGGAAGGCUAUAAGGCAGCCGCCUAUGUCUUCGGGAACCGUCGUUCACCCUCGACGCGCUCCCCGACUUCCUCUGAUCCGAAGCAAGACUUGGUCGCAGUACAUGCAACCGCUGGGCGUUCUUUAGAUGAUCGAGAGAAGGCGCUUCGUGCCGCCACCGGUGCGUUGAGCGGCAGCCGGAGGCGAGCCGACUCGGUGCCUUUGGAUCUCCCUCACGCAGGAAUGAGCACCGAUGAGGCCCUCGGAGAUCUUGACAGUUCCAUGGAGGCAAGCCGGAUCCAACAUAUCGCUAACACCAAUGCGCGUCUCUACACCGCUUCCCCGCCAGUGUCUCCAGAGCGGGAGGAACACAAGCGGAGAAGUGUUAUGCAAGCUGCUGCUCUGUCCAUGGCCCGGGAGAUGUAUGCCGCGGUAGAGGCCAAGGAGCAAGGCCACGUAGGCCAUGCUCGAACGGGAUCGCAGCGUUCACCUACUGGCGCGGAGCCCAUGGUCCUCCAACAAGCCUUCAGCCUGCAAGAUGCCGCCGAAAAACGCGCGGCCGAAAAGCUGGCCAGCAUGCAGGAUGAGACAGCCAUCUACCGGGAGUAUUAUGGUCUUGAGCCUCAGCCCACCCGGUCCAGCUUGCAAGCCCGCAGGCGCAGAACCUCAAUUGACACGGAUGUCUCCAGUGGGGAUGCCGAUCGAACAUUAGAGAUUAGGCACCAAAUGUCCAGUCUUCGAUCAAAGCUUAAUGCCGUAGACGAGAGAAGGGAACAGGACCGCGCACUCUUGAUGGAGGCGGCAAAGAAGAACGUCGAUGCCACCAUCCAAAACAUGGAGAUGAGGGUCUAUGCGGAAACAGGUCGCGCACCCCCGUCCAUGCAGAAGGAGAUCGAAGAGGCUGCAUUAGCACGUGCCAUGCUAGAAAGGCAGGAGAGGCAAGAAGCAGACUCGCAAUACCAAGGGGUUGACCGAGUGAAUAUUAGUUCCAAGCGCUUUGUGGACAUGUCCGAUGUGGAGGCGCUGGCUCGAUCUCGACUGCAACCCACAUUCGACGAAAUCACUGACCGAGCUGAGCAUCAACGCGCAAGAGAGCUGGAGCAAAGACUGGACCAGGAAGAAGCUCAGCGUCGAGAAGCCAUGUAUCGCGAACGCGAGGCAGAGACCAAAGCAGAGGAGAAACGUUUACGAGACUCGUUGAGACUUGAGAGCAAGUCUAAAGAUGAAAAGACCUGGCUAUGGAAAAGGAAAUCGAAGCGCUUCUCCGACCAUGAGCAAGAUACGGCUGCUAGCGCUUCAGGAGGAGUGGUCGAGGAAGCAUCCGCCGAAUCUGUACCACAAACGACCGCCAAUGAUGAUACCAGUGCGACUGCUGCUGGUGCAGUAGCCGAGCCCACUUCUAGCGAGCCUGUUACCAAACCAGAAUCUAAGUUCAGGUCGUGGUUCAAAGGUCGAAUGGGACGUCGCGCAAGCUCCAACCAGGCUGAAGGCUCCAGAGAGUCGAAGGAAGCCAAAGUAGAGCCUGGCGUGCCACAAACAGCAGAUGUCGCAGGAGAAACAGGACUCGAAGAAGUAGCUGAGCCAUCGGGCGCAAGCGAGGCCAAAGAAAUCAAGGCUUCGAGCACAUCCGAGCCACCGCAAACUACUGAAGGCGGCCAAGGAAGAGCAUGGGACAUCGCUCAUCCAGAGGGUAUUUCUCCUGAGAUGCCCGAGCUUCCUGCCACGGCUGAAGCACCCAAAGCAGGGGACUUGGACGAGGAACCACGAAAAGCGGCGCUCCAACCCCAUCCCAUGACGGCAAUAUCCAUUGAUGAUGGCAGUGCAGAGCAACCUAGUCGUAUCAAGGAGGAUGCGGUUCAACAAGCUUCUAAUGCCAAAGACUUGCCGCCUGAUGAGACCAAUCGUAAUCGAUUGAUGUCUGGCUUCAAGAAGAUGGUCUCGAGAAGCUCAACCGAGGCGAAGACUGGUGGGGCCGUCAAGCAUGACGUCGCCCGAAGAAGCUCGGAGGCAAUUCCAAAGCAUACUGUAGAGGGAGCAGACCGACGGGCAAGUGUGCCUGAACAUGGCCAGGUUCUACCCUCUUCGGCUGGGAAACGAGCCAGUGAUGGCACGGGCCGAGAGUCGCGAUUCUCGGAGAAAUUGUAGAAUGAAGCCGGGUGUCUGCCGCCCUGUGGAUGUUAUGUCUGGUUCCCAUACCUUAUCUUGUGGUCAGCCUCUAUUGGUUGGUUCUGUCACUAUUCGUGUUUCAUGGUUUCAUGGUUUCAUGGUUCACGGUUCAUGGUUACUAAUAUAAUCUAUUUUACUCUUAUCUUAUUUGCUUUAUGUUCGUUCUGUUUUUAUUUUUGUAUUCGUGUCUUGUCAUUAGGUUUUUAUAACGCAGUUUUUGCUUUAAUUUCUAAAA